AUGAAGGAGAAGAAUGCUAGUCACUUAUCAUGUGUUUCUCCCACAGUUGUCUAUUGCGAUUACAACGGCUCCGGGCGGGCUCUGCAAUGGAUAGAGGACUACAUCGUGAAAGACGUGCUGCCGACGCAUGCCACGCGGUGCACCGCCCUCUCGUACACCUCCGGACAGAGUGAGAUCUACAGGAAAGAAUCCAAGGCGAUUAUCGGCAACGCGGUUGGCGCUAGUACAGAUGACGUCAUCGUCCUUGGGGCCUCCUUGCCCCGGUUUCUCCGCGCGCUGCGACCUCAGAGGGUAGCCCUCUUCGUGUCCUCGCGGGAAACGGAGAGACAGCUGGCGCCUUGGAGGGAGUUCAAAGCUGAGAUUAUCAAGAUCCCCGAGUCGAAGGAAGGUUUCAUAGACCUGAACAAUCUAGAGCUGAGACUGCAAGAGAACACUGGAACCGGGAAACGGAUGAUAGGGUUCUUCCCCGCCGCCUCUAAGCUCACUGGUGUCUUCGCUGACGACGUGGCCACCACCCUCCUCCUGCACCAGUACGGAGCGUGGUCCUUCUGGGACUAUACCCUGGUCGCGCCGACCUCGAAUGUCGACAUGAACCCGACCUUCCUCGGUGUCGAAGAAGGCAUGGUGAGGAAGGACGCGUUAUUCUUCAACUGCGAGAAGUUUGUCGGCGGCGUCCAGGGUCCAUACGUCACCGUGGUGAAGAGGGACGUCUUCAAAAGUUCCCCCCUGUAUUCAGAUGAUGUUGAGUUGCUAUCAGAGCGGAUCGAGGAGUACCGGUGCGCGGAGGCGGUGCGUGCUGCGCUGGUGAUGCAGCAACGCGACGCAGUUGGACUGCAGAACAUCCUGGAGAGGCAGGACUAUAUUACACGACAAGUAUUAUCGCACAUAAAGAACAUACCGGAGCUGAUACUGCUGGGAAGCGAAUCGCCUACGGUGCGCAGACUGCCGAUUUUCUCGCUGAUGGUGAAGCAUCCGCGUGGCACAUUCCUCCACCACAACUUCAUCUGCGCGGUGCUGAACGACGUGUUCGGUAUCCAGUCGAGGGGCGGCCUCACGAGCAACCUCAACUACGGCUCGGAUGUACUGGGAAUAGACGAUCAGCUACUAAAGGAAUAUGAAAAACUGUUAGACGUAGAAGCGCAAAGGGAAAUCGCCCGAGUACGCAAGCUAAGUGACGCCAAAGCACCUGACGUCCCAAUACACAACGAACACCUCAGACCGGGCUUCUUCAGGGUGUCGCUACCUUUCUUCAUGUCGGACACCGAACUUGCUUUUGUCUUGGAAGCUCUAAAGAUGGUCGCAACAGAAGGCUGGAAGAUUCUGCCCCAGUCAUCUGUAACUUCGUCACCGAUUUUCGGAUCCUCCCCCAGACAUUUUAGUCUCUCGGCUCUGGACGACUGCCAAAUAUUCCGAUUGAAGCAGAAACAAAAAUUCUACUCGCGGGAGUCGAGUUUGAAGGAAACUACCAAGGAGCAAGCUGUCACGGUCGCACAUCCAGUGAAGUUUGCAUUAGGCGAAUCCGUCUCACCCUUGAGGAUUGUUCCACAGUCCGCUAAACCCAUAAUGGGAAGGUCUAGAUGCUACAGCUUGGGCUCGGAUAGUCCGCCAGUCCAAUUAAGCGCGGAAACCAAAAUGAACCUCGGCCUGAAGGAAACGAGCCCCAACACCGACGGAAAGGCUAACGGCUUCUGCAAUUGCGGCAGUCAAACGGACCUUCAAUCCUUAGACGAUCCAAUGAUCUCACCCGGUAAAGCGUUCCCAUACAGCACACAAAGCAGCACCUCCAUUUCCGAUUGUAGUCAGACGGGGCGUGCAUCCCCAACCGCCUCUAUAACAUCGCACACUUCAGAAGACAUCCAAGCGUACGUCAAAGAGAUGACAAGGGAACUGGCUACCGAGAUAAAAUCGGAAAUCAGGGGAGUGAUUUCGAAGGUUGACGACAUCCUCGAGAAUUCGGAUUCCCUCGACCAGUCCAACGUCAGUAUAAACUCUGUGUCCAGUCAGAGCGAGAAGAAUUCCGUUUCCGUGAUAGACGUCGCGGAAUAUUUGAUGGGCAUGUCGAGGGAAAUGGCCUCGGAGGUGAAACACGAGAUCCGUGAAAUGGUCAACCAGGUGGACGAGAUGAUCUCGCCGGACUACACGAGUGCCACGUCAAGGAGGGGCUCGCCACCGCAGAGGGGCAGACGAAGAAUAGGCUCCGGCCCUGAGCUGGGUUUGGACUUGCAGAAGUCCACGCAGUGCCUGAGGAAGUGUACAACCAGCCCCGUGCUGCCCUCCCAUAUAGAUACGGAGGAGAAUCAAUACGAGAGAAAAUCUCCGAACACUCCGUCGCCUAGGUCGGCGCACGGUACUCCCUCCCAUGAAGCGUCGGGUCUGAACAACAUUUCAUUCAACUCCAGCGAGACGUCCACCCCCGACACAAUUAUCCAGGUGAUGACCACUGCUCAAGACUCCCCAGUCCUACCCAAAUCGUCCAGCUCGAACAAACUGUCGGACGACGAAGCCAGCUGUACAGACGGGACCUGCAGGCAUUGCUGCAUUAAGAAGACUUGGUGCCAAAAUCCUUCCAUCAGCUCACAAGAUAGCGGUAUCAACAUGACGUUUACGGAAACCGACUCCUAUUUAGACUUUGUGAAAUGGCGCACGUCCUCCGACCCGACCACGAACAAGCUGAAGAAGCUGCAGGGCAGGCUGAGGAUGUGCAAGCACGAGAAGAGCGAAGUCCCCGACAUCAUAGAGGGCGUGCCGGUCUGCUCCGGUGAGCAGGGAACGGACAAGGGGUGCGCAGACGCCGCUGGUGGCAGAGUCGCCUUCCAAAUCUCAGACGAGGCCGAGAGGCAGAACAUAACUACAGCGGCGACGGACUGGAAACGUUCCAGCAGGUCGUCGAACGCAUCUUCCAGCUGCUCUGACCGCAGUUCCAGGUCAAGUGGCUACGGCACAGACGUGAACAGAGCCUCGCAAGAGGAAACCUUCUGCGAUAGGAGUGAACCAGAGUGCCGGCACUCUAAAGCGGAAUGCUACUGGGAAGAUACAGAGCGAGACGACAGCAGUGCGUGCAGCGAUGCCUCCCUCACUGACUUCACCAUGGACGACGAGGGCAAGUGGCACUGCCCUCCUAAACACAUCUGGAAGGCUACUGUUGAGGCUAUACAGGAGUUCAGGAUGGUGCGGCCGGGAGACAAGGUGCUGGUGUGUCUAUCGGGUGGACGAGCGUCGUUGGCGCUGCUGCAUACAAUGCACCAGUACCAGUUCUACGCGAGAGCGAAAGGGAUACACUUCAGCAUCGGUGCUCUGUUCGUCCACGAGCCACAGUCUGAGGUCGAUCCUCUCCACUUGAUGGCGUACUGCCGAACUCUAGGCGUUAAGUUCAUCUAUCAAGAUAAACUAGAAGAUGACGAGACAUUAAAAGGUGGCAGCAGUAAAUCGACAGAGCUGCAUCGCUGGGCGUCACAUGCGCUACGAAGGCGCGCUUACGUGGCUGCAGCUGCCCACGGCUACGGCGUAGCAGCCAUCGCCCAAUGCCUGGACCACGCCGCCACUUCCUUUUUGGCAGCCGCCCUAUACGGAUCCGCGCUACGCACGGUCAAGGCGCAUUACAGAGUACGCGACCAGGAGCUGCGCAUCAUCAGGCCGUUCAUCUACGUGCGCGCGCGCGCCCUCGAAGCGUUCGGCUGCUCGCGCGGACUGCCGGACUUCGCGAGCCAAGAGCCCCACAAGUGCGGCCAUUCGCCGCCCCACAGCCCGGAAACCGUCACCACAUCGGACUGCGGCAAACCGCUCGACGAGCGUCCGUCCGCCGGGGAAUCGGCGAUUGAGACUUUAGAGGCUGCCCGUCAAUUGCUCACCAGCCAAGAGCGCGCCCAUCCGUACCUGUUCGCCAGCCUGAAGGCCGCUAUGCACCCACUGAUCAGCGGCAGGAAUCUAGACAGAGACGUGAACGAACGCAGACACAGGAAGAAGUCGGUGAUACAGAUGAGAAAUGGCGCCCCCGUAUACGAUUCCGACGAGGGCACCGAGGAGGAGCCAGUGCCA